UGCGAGACGUUAACCACAGAAUUUCAAGAGAAACGUCGAAAGAUGCGUGUUUUUGAUAUCAAAAUAAAUAUAUGAAAAAUCUAAAAAGGGAAUUUUUCAUUUUUUAAUAAGCACCCUAGACGUAAACAAAUAAGUAGAUAAUCAUGGCACCCUUAAUGAGUUUUUUGUUUUCUCUGGCAAUUACUAUAAAACUUCUAUUUGCUGCAUUCUUAUUUACAUUACUAGCUGCUACAAUUGUUGGCCCACUUAUUUACUUCUACUUUAAGUACACAUUUAGACUUGAAAGGAAAAAAAGGGGUGACCAGUUAAGUGUUGGCAUCUUUCACCCUUAUGCUAAUGCAGGUGGUGGUGGAGAAAAAGUAUUGUGGGUAGCACUAAGAGCACUCUUAGAAAAAUACCCUGAAGCGAAUUUUUAUAUAUAUACAGGAGAUGUAGAAUGUUCUCCUGUUGAGAUUAAGAGAAAAGUAAAAAAUUCCUUAAAUGUAGAUAUAAAAUCUGAUAGAGUUAAAUUUAUUUAUUUAACAAGGCGUAGAUGGGUGGAGGCCAGUAUGUUUCCAAUAUUUACAUUGCUUGGACAAUGUAUAGGUUCAAUGUGGUUGGGACUAGAAGCUAUUAGUCUGAUAAAUCCAGACAUAUUUAUUGAAACCACAGGAUUUACUUUUACCUUGCCACUAUUUAAGUAUUUGGGAGAGUGCAAGACUGGGUGUUAUGUGCACUAUCCUAUUAUAAAUAAGGGAAUGUUGAGGAGAGUUCAGAGUAGAAGGAAUAUCUACAAUAACAGCAAUCUCAUAACAAAUAGUUCAACUUUAACUUAUUCAAAAUUGUUUUAUUAUCAUUUAUUAGCAUGGAUGUACAGCUUAGCCGGCCAAUGUUCGGAUACUACUUUAGUCAAUUCAACCUUUACUUUAGAAAAUCUUCAAAUUCUGUGGAACCUUCCGAUGUCUCUUGUGUACCCGCCCUGUGAAGUAGACCACUUAAAAAAAAUUAUUCAUGACGCGAAGAAACCUUCAAAAAUAAGAAUUCUAAGCUUAGCCCAGUUUAGACCUGAAAAAGAUCACCCACUUCAAUUGCAAGCACUUUAUGACUUAAGAGAAAUUAUUGCUGACAACGUAUUUGAAAAUGUCACUUUAGUACUAUGUGGUAGCUGUAGAAACCAAGAAGAUUCUAACAGAGUUAAGGAUUUGCAAGAUCUGGCUAAGCAUCUGUCACUGGAAAAUAAUGUUGAAUUUAAAGUAAAUAUUCCUUACGCUGGCUUGCUAGAAGAAUUCAGUAAAGCUUACGUUGGUAUUCAUACAAUGCUGGAUGAACACUUCGGUAUAAGCGUAGUGGAACAGAUGGCAGCAGGGUUGAUUGUAGUUGCACACAAAUCAGGAGGUCCUCUGCUGGACAUUAUUGAGACUUCAGAAGGUUCGAGAUUAGGAUUUUUGGCUAACACAUCACAAGAAUUUGCACAUAUCCUAAAAUGGAUUUUAGAAGCGACAGAUGAAGAAAUUAAUGAAAUAAGAGAAAGGGCCAAAGCAAGUUGCGAUAGGUUUAGUGUGAAAAAGUUUGAGGUUGAAUUUCUGAGAGCUAUAGAGCCUAUUUUCAAAUAAGUUUAGUGCGUUUUUUGGUCUAAUUAAAAAGAUACAUUCUUUGAUUUGUUCAAGUUAAGUCUAAUGUUUUUUGUAGAUAAUAUUUGAGUAAAAUAAAUCAUGUGAUAUUA